CAGGGCUCACACUAUGCGUUGACUAACGAUAGUUAUCAACAGUUACAACAUCCUUCCUAACUAAUUUUCCCGCUAAGAUUGAUGUUAAUCUGUGCAAAUUCAAUUCAACCAUGGAACUCCAAAGUUCCCACUUUCUCUAUCCUUCAUAACUGCAAGACUGUAAACGAUAUCAAACAAAUCCAUGCUCGUCUAAUUGCAACUGGGUUUAUCAAAAACCCUAAUUUUACCACAAAACUCAUUCUAAAAUUAUGUUCUUUUCCGCAAAAACCACUCAUUAACUUUGCUCGCUUUCUUUUACUCUCUGAACAUGCUUUAAUUCAAGAGGAACAAAUCCUUUUUGAUCCUUUUCUAUUUAAUGCAGUUAUAAAGUCAUUUUCUGUUAAUAAUGAACCAAAGCAAGCCCUUUUGAUAUUCAAUUUCAUGCUUGAUAAUGGUGUUUGUGUGGAUAAGUAUUCUUUUUCUUUAAUUCUUAAAGUUUGUUCUCGAUAUGGGUAUGUUAAAGAAGGGAUGCAGAUUCAUGGGUUAUUGAGGAAACUAGAAAUUGGUUCAGAAUUGUAUUUGCAAAAUUGUUUGAUUUCUUUAUAUGUGAAAUGUGGGUCUUUUGAGCUUGCACGCCAGGUGUUUGAUAGGAUGCCUGAUAGGGAUUUGGUUUCCUACAAUGCUAUGAUUGAUGGAUAUGUGAAGGCAGGGUUGAUUAGUGUUGCUAGGGAAUUGUUUGAUUGUAUGGAGAUCAAGAAUUUGAUAUCUUGGAACUCGAUGAUUGCUGGGUAUAUGCAAUCUAGAGGCAAUCUCGAUAAAGCUUGGGAAUUGUUUAAGGAAAUGCCUAAGAGAGAUUUAGUUACUUGGAAUUUGAUGAUUGAUGGACUCGCAAAAUGCAACGAGAUGGAAUCUGCCCAUGAUUUGUUCGAGCGAAUGCCUGAACGUGAUGCAAUCACUUGGGCUACUAUGAUUGAUGGCUAUGCCAAAACUGGUUGUGUUGACAUUGCAAGGAAUUUAUUUGAUCAAGCUCCUGAAAAGGAUAUAGUGGUUUGCAAUACCAUGAUGGCUGGAUAUGUUCAAAGCGGGAAUUUUGUUGAAGCACUAAAAUUCUUUUAUGAUAUAUUAAAUAUGGAUAAUUCGUUUCCUGAUAGAACUUCGCUUUUGAUCGUUCUUUCUGCCAUUGCCCAACUAGGACGUGUGGAUGAAGGCAUCACUGUGCAUUCCUAUAUCAAGUCCAAUGGCAUUGCAAUUGGUGGGAAACUUGAUGUGGCUCUUAUAGAUAUGUAUUCAAAAUGUGGCUGUAUUGAUAGUGCCAUUCAGGUAUUUGAAAAUGUGGAUUUAAAGGAUGUUGAUCAUUGGAAUGCCAUGAUAGGAGGAUUGGCUGUUCAUGGCUUGGGUGAACUAGCAUUUGACCUUUACACGGAAAUGCGUAAGCAAUCUAUAGAGCCGGAUGAUAUCACAUUCAUUGGGCUGCUAAGUGCUUGUGGUCAUUCCGGUUUAGUGAAGGAAGGGAAAAUAUGUUUCGAACUUAUGAGGAGAGUUCAUAAAUUGGAACCGAAACUGCAGCACUAUGGGUGCAUGGUUGACAUUCUUGGUCGAGCUGGACGCCUAAUAGAAGCAAAAGAAUUUAUAGCUGAGAUGCCUAUUGAGCCAAAUGACAUUGUUUGGAGGACUUUACUUAGUGCUUGUAUCUAUCACGGAAACCUGGAUCUAGGGCAGCAGGUUGCUGAGCGUCUUACAAGGCUUGAUUUGAGUAAUUUGGGUUCAUACGUGCUUCUCUCCAACAUGUAUGCUGGAUUUGGUAAAUGGGAUGAUGUUAGUAAAAUCAGAACAUUCAUGGCGAACAAAGCUCUGAAGAAACUUCCUGGUUUCAGUUCUAUUGAACUCAAUGGUUCAGUCCAUGAGUUCCUUGUUAGAGAUAAAUCCCAUCCUCAAACUAGCCAAGUCUAUUCUCUGUUGGAUAAGUUCAGUGCUUCAGGACAUUGCUUGAAUUUCGAAUCAGAAGUCACAGAGCUAGAACUGGUAAACCAGUAAAAUGUAUACAAAUUCAUCUCUUGAUUGUUAAAUAUAUAUAUUUAUUAAUGUAUAUUUUACUCAGAAUACGCCUGUAGUCUUGUAGAACCUUGAUGUAAAUGUCCUAGACUCAUUAUAGACUCCUGCAAGAUUACAUGCCACAGGAAGUUCGUCAAACAUUCUUCAUGUCCGUAUCAAUAUAUGCUAUGCAGUUUAAAUUCCUUCAAUAUGCUUAUUCUUUCUAUGUUUCUUCUGCUCCUGAAAAGAUUAAUGCUAUGUAUAAACUGUAAUGUCAGCUAUAGCACGUUAUCAUGACCUUAAGAAAACAUGUUAGAUAUGGUGACUCAAUAAUCCCAAUAUGGUUGUAUGAAAGUUGAUAUAUGUGAUUUGGAGUUUUGAGAUGAUAUAUUGAUGUUAUGGUGAAUAAUGGUAGUUGAGAAGAAUUGUUCCGUUGCACUAGAUGCUCGCUCGACUCAGGCUUGUCGCUCGACUGGUCGAGCAAGAGAUCAGAAACUUGCCUACAUUUUGAUCUCGAUCGACCAUAAUAAAUUGCUCGACUAGUUGAGCAGACGUUCGCAGGAUUUUGUUAUAAUUCGAUAAGUUCAAGACUUACUCAUAUUCAUUUCUUCUGGUUCCAAAGCCUAUAUAAAGCUCAGUAUAUUUCUUGUACAUACAAUGUAAGAUCAUUUGAUCAUCUAGCUAUUGGGAAUUGAGUUGAGAGCCACAUUCCAAAUCUUAGUGUUUUAGUGAAAGGUUUUAUAGGGUUUUAUCUUCUUCUCUCGUAUUGUAUAAUUCUAAGGAGGGAUUCUUAUCAUAGAGUGAAUUAUAGUUUGUAAUCAAUACUCAAGA